UGGAGAGGGGGGAAGAUCGGAAGGAACAGAAGAGAAGGGGGUUGCUGGUUUUCGUCUUCCCAAGCCUGCACACCGGAAUUUCUUUCUUUCUUUAAUUAGUUUACCGGGAAGAAAAGCUGGAGAUUGCAUUCGGUUCGCCUGGCAGAGAGCCGAGAGCCCCCAGAGGAUACCAUGGGUUGCUGUUAUAGCAGCGAGACGGAGGCCACUGAUCAGGACCGAGAUGAGAGGAAACCGCUGAUCCCCCAUCCCAACCCGGACAAUAAACCAACCAACGGAGCAGAGAGGAAUUCAGCCAGCCUUCCCUCUGCGCGGACAGAUGAGCAGGCCCUCCUCACGUCCAUCCUCACCAAGACAGCACUGAAUAUAAUUGAUGUCUCAGCUGCAGACUCCCAGGGAAUGGAGCAGCAUGAGUACAUGGACAAAGCUCGACAAUAUAGUACAAGGCUGGUAGGCCUCAGUAACACACUGUCACAGAAGAAACCUGCACCUCUGCCCUCACUAACUAGCCAGCCCCAUCAGGUGCUUGCAAGUGAUCCUGUGCCAUACUCGGACAUACAACAGGUUUCAAAGGUAGCGGCAUAUGCAUACAGUGCAAUUUCACAGAUAAAAGUUGACGCAAAAGAGGAACUGGUGGUGCAGUUUGCUAUUCCCUGAGCGCCUGAGGAUAGAUUUCUGUCCUUGGUCUACUCCGAUUUCUUUCUUUAUCUCCCUUAUGUUUCUAACUACACCCUCCAUCUCUCUCUGUCCAAGACAUCAGCGGUGCUACUGUAGAGCAUCAACAGCUGAUCGACUUGGAAACCGAACUUUCGUACUAUAGGUCAACUCGUACCGAACAGGAACUUCUAAAGUGUGUGUGUAGGAAUCUCUUUUGUGACCUGUGGAGGAAUUUCAGAUCCAUGCUGUUCUCAGUGUAUUAGUAAGAUGGCGCUAAAACUAUGGCUUGGAUUUUCAUUGGUUAAGCAUUUUUUAUGGCUAGAACA